AUGGAGGUGGAGGUAGACAAGGUGGUGAUGGCUGCAGACAUACCAAAGCCAUACCAACACCUGCGAGAUGUGUUUGAUGAGGUGGAAGCAGACAAGCUGCCCCAUCAUACUGAGCAUGAUCUCCACCUCGAGUUGAUAGAAGGAGGUAAGCCACCUCAAGGGCCCCUAUACCUUAAGGGACCCAAGGAGAUGUCCAAGUUGAGGAGGUACUUGGAUGAGAACCUCGAGAAGGGGUUCAUAAGACCAUCAAAGAGCCUGGCACGAUCACCAGUGCUCUUCAUACCAAAGAAGGAUGGAGGUCUCAGACUCUGUGUGGACUGCAGAGGUCUCAACGAGAUCACUGUCAAGAACAGGGCACCAUUGCCCCUCAUCGAGGAGCAGCUGUUCUUACUCAGGAAGGCAAGGAUCUAUACCAAGCUAGACCUUAGAGCAGCAUACAACCUCAUCCAGAUUGCUAAAGGAGAUGAAUGGAAGACAGCUUUUGGCACUCAGUUGGGACUCUAUGAGUACCUAGUGAUGCCCUUUGGCCUAGCCAAUGCUCCAGCUCACUUCCAGUCAUUCAUCAAUGACAUCUUCCGAGACAUCAUUGGGAUAUAUGUGGUAGUAUACCUAGAUGACUUCCUGAUCUUCAGUGACACUGAAGAAGCACAUGUGAAGCAUGUCACCGAGGUCCUCACUUGCUUAAGGAGCAACAGGCUCUUUGCUAAGCUGUCGAAGUGUGAGUUCCACACCAAGACAGUCGAGUUCCUGGGGUACAUCAUCAAGCCAACAGGCAUAGAGAUGGACCCAGAAAAGGUGCGCACUGUCAAGGAGUGGCCAAUGCCAGAGUCAAUCCAUGACAUCCAAAGGUUCCUGGGUUUUGCCAACUUCUAUCGAAGGUUCAUAGCCCACUUUGCUCGCAUAGCCAAGCCCUUGACAUCACUGGUAAAGCCUAUAGAACGGUUCAAGAAGUUCGAGCUACCAGAGGAGGCCCAACAGGCCUUCCACAAGCUCAUCCAGGCAUUCACAUCAGCAGGAGUGCUUCAGCACUUCGACUACCACCUUCCAACAAGGUUGAAGACUGAUGCAAGUGACUUUGCUAUAGCAGGAGUACUCAAGCAGGAGCAUGAAGGACGAUGGCAUCCAGUGGCCUUCUACUCUAGGAAGAUGUCUUCUGCUGAGAAGAACUAUGAAAUCCAUGACAAGGAGCUCCUAGCUGUGGUCACCUGCCUUACUCAGUGCCAACUGGUCAUCCUCACUGACCAUGAAGCCCUCAAGUACUUCAAGUCACAGAGACGCAUCACAGGUCGACAGGCUCGAUGGGCCAUACUACUAGCAGACUUCGACUUCAUAUUGCAGUAUCGACCAGGAGACAAAGGUGGUGAACCUGAUGCUCUCACCAGAAGGACAGACAUGCAACCAGCUGGUGAAGAGCAGGAUCACAAUGUGAGGCAACUACUGCCUCCUCGAGUGUUCAAGGAGACAGCAGACCAUGACUCGACCCUAGUGGCCCCCAUGCUCUCAAUGGAGUCCAUAGCAUCAAAAGGUCUCAAAGACCUGGUCAAGAUCUUCCAGCCCUUAGACCAAGAGCUACAGGAGAUACAUAGGAAGAAGCCCUUCGAACUCAAGGACGACCUAUGGUACAGUGGAGGAAGGCCCUGGGGCUCCAUAUCCCUCGACUUCAUUGAAGGACUACCACCAUCAAAGAAGUAUGACUCCAAGACCUAUGACUCUAUCUUAGUCAUUGUCGACAGGUUGACCAAGUUUGCCAUACUAGCUCCAACCCAUAAGACAGUCACGGCCAAACAGACUGCAGUGUUGCUAUAUGGACACAUGGUUAGACUUUUCGGAUACCCAGAUCACAUGGUCUCGGACCGAGGCAGGCAGUUCAUAUCAGGAGCAUGGAAGGCAUUUGCAGAACAAAUGGGUGUGAAGCACUCACUUAGCAUGGCUUACCAUCCUCAAACCGAUGGUCAGACAGAGAGGGUCAAUCAGGUCAUAGAGCAAUACCUAAGGAUGUACUGCAACUAUGAGCAGGAUGACUGGGCCAACCUACUGGACACUGCAGCCUUUGUAUACAACAACACAGUCCACAACAGCAUUGGUGUCUCACCAUUCUUUGCAUGCUAUGGAUGGAACCCCAAAGCUCAUCCUGACAUCCCUCAACAACUAGGAGUCAAUGAUCCAGGUCACUUUGAGUACCUCAUGGAUGGAAAGGAGCAUUACAAGUACCUCCAGGAGCAGAUCAGAGAGGCACAACAUAGAUCAGUAGACCAGUAUAACAGGAAGCACAAGGACAUCGAGUUUAAGGUGGGUGAUAUGGUCUAUAUCAACCGUCGAAACUGGAAGACACAGAGACCCACACCCAAGUUAGAUACCCGGUUUGCAGGACCCUACCCAGUUCAGGAACGGGUAGGAUGCUGA